AUGCAGAAUUCCAGCACAACUGCAGGGAUAUCUUCCCCCCUAUCGCAGACAAUGACCAACCAUUCAUACCCUGUGCCGUUCACGAAGGAGCACGAAAAGGACCUUUAUCAAUAUUAUGUAUCAUUGAGUACUUUCUUCCAGGUUACAGGAGUGGAGAAACGUGACAGGUCCGGUUCAGCUAGAGCCCAGAAGGCAAGAGCUAAGCUGUUAAGGUUAUCAUCAUCGCAAUUUUAUGAAUUGAGUACUGAUGUCUCCGACGAGUUGAAGAGAAGAAUUAGUGAAGAGGAGAACCAAGGAAGUGCUGAGGGUGAAGGUGGAUUUCUGUCACCUAAAGAAAAUUUCCAUGUAAAGAGAAACCAGGCUAGGCAGAAAUUAGCUAACCUGUCACAAACAAGAUUCAACGAUUUAGUGGAUGAUAUAUUAUUUGAAAUUAAAAGAAGAGGAUUCGAUAAGAAAGUUGUUACCGAUAAGGUCGAUAAUGCCAAGGAGGACACUCUUUAUGAGGAGUAUGAUAAGCCGGUAAUACCAAAAUUGACUAAACCAGAACGAAAAGAGGAAAGCGAAGAAGCAACAAAAGUACCUGAACUGGAAGAGUCGUCUACGAAAAAUGAACAAGAAGACUCACAAUCUACGGUGCCUCCAGCAACUACCUCCAUACAAACGUCAUUAAUUAUACCUAAGAAAGCUUCGAUAGAUUGGACGUCUUCAGAGGAGGAAGACGAAGACGAAGAAGAAGUUGAAGAAAAAACUGCCCCAACAAUAAAUGACGAUAGAAAUAUAGAGGCACGCGAAGUCGCAGAAUCUUCUACUGAAAUUAUUCCAUCAUACCAUAACGAGAGCGGGAUAAUAGAUCCCGAAGAAACUAUUAACCAUAACUCCAGUGAGGGUAUAAGUCCUGGUAAUAAUUCUAUUAAAAACUCUAAUUUACAGCUACCCACCACUGCUAAUGAUGAUACUGAUAAUCAUGGUAUUUCACUCGGUACAAUACUCCCUGAUUCAUUUACUACUAGGAUUGCUGACGAUACCAGAGAUUCUCAUAUCAUUGAUAGUUCGAAAAUAAGUGAGUUGGAAUCCAAAUUAAAUGAGAUGACCCAAGAAAAUAAAAGUUUAUUAUCAGAUCUCGAUUCGUUAAGAAAUGAACUGGUUUUGAUCAAACAUGAAAAUGAAAACUUGAAGACAACAAUACAAAAGCCCAUAAAUGACGAAUCAAUGCAAAAGGAAUUGAUCUCUUUAAACUCCCAAGUUUCGAAAAUGUCCAUUGAAAAUGAAAAAUUAAAGCAAAGUUUAUCUGAAUUAGAAUUAAAGUCCAGACCGGUUAGAAGCCCGGUAGUUAAAGUCGAGCAAAUGGAUCUAGACGUAGAUCCAUUAGCUGAAAGCUCUAUUUUGGCUUUCAUUGCUGAAGAUGGUUAUAUUCCAAUUGAAUUAGUCACAGUAACGCGGGACCAUAUUAGCGAAUUUUUUACUACGUUAAGGCAGACCCAUGAUAAAGAUCACUUUGGAAGGAAUUUGUUUGAAAGGGUAUCGCAAAUUUCUAAUGUCAUCUCUCAAAUAAUUACGUUAGUGAAUUUACCCAGAUUUAAAGACCAAAUAGUAUUGUUGACCGCCAGUGUAUCACAUCUGAUCACGACUGUCAGAUAUUAUUCAGUAUAUGGAACAUUACUACCCAAAAUUACGAUACAUGCAGCUUUAUCUGAUGUUGUAUUUGCUCUUUGUAAUUUAAUCAAGACAACGAAGCUAAAACCAUCGUCCACUAAUAACAUUACCACGACGGAAAAACCACUAACAGAUGAAUAUGCAAAGAGUGAGGACAAUAACUCUAAUUUGAAUCUACCACAAGCUAAAGCAAUCAAGGAUCAAAAUCAUGCCCUGGAUCAACUACCUUCCACACCAACGUUUAAUCCCAAAUCAACACCAAUUUUUGAAAAACCAGGUAUUAUCAAUGCAGAUGACGAUGAAGAAUUCGAUGGGUCACCCGUGAAACCAUUAAAGAUUGCCCAAAAGGCCCCCUUCAGUCCUAGUUUCACCUCACCAGCGUCCUCCAGAAAACCAUCCUCCACAGGAUUAUUCUCCCUGAGGGUAAAUUCUCCUUCUCCCUCCUUGAAUACGGCACCCAACUCUAGAGAUGGCUCUAAUUCCAAUUCUACCUUUAUAGCGAAUCCCACUAUGUCGGAACCUAAGAAGGAGAAGGAGGAAAUAGUAGUGCCCUUGGAACAACCUACACCUCUAUUAAAGAAGAAUGAACACGAACCGGAACUCCAGAAGAGCACCUCUCCCACUACUACCGCCACUAAUAAUAAUAAUAUGAUGAGGUUACUCUCGGAACUCAAUGAGGCAAAGACCCCGAUUAAGGAGGUGAUACCGGAUGCAAGUCCUGUAGACCCUGUUGUGGUCAAGGUAAGUGAUGAGGAUAAUAAGGAGGAGGAAAAGGAAGAGGAAAAAGAAGAGGUGUUUGCUCCUGCAAAGACCAAUGAUGUAGAAUCGUUGAAGGAUGAAGAUACCAAGGAACCUCCAACUGAUGUUAAAGUCGAAAGUGAAGAAGAAGUACCUGUAUCACCUGAGAAGGUUGUACAUGAAGACCCAGAACCUGAAGUUGUUGUAGAGCUACCGCAGAAUAAGAUAGAGCCUGAGCGUGUUAAAGAAGUUGAUUUAUCCAAACCUGCGAAAGAGCAGGAACAGGAGUUGGAGAAUAAUGAAUCUAGUGAAGAGGAAAAAGGAGAGGGAGAAAAGGAUGAAAGUUAUGAAUUUGUUCCAUUGAAUGCUACGGGGAAGAAAGUUGUUGAAUCUGAGUCAGAAGAAGAAGAGGAAGAAGAAUCGUCUUCUGAGGAGGAGGAGGAAACUGGAAGUGAGGAUGAAGAGGAAGAAGAGGAAGAAGAAGAAGACGAAGAAGACGAAAAUGAUUUCGAUGUGGAUGCAUUUGAUAUUGAGAAUCCUGAUAACACAUUAUCUGAAUUAUUGCUGUAUUUGGAACAUCAAACAGUGCAAGUCAUCUCCACUAUUCAAUCUCUAUUAAGUUCCAUUAAGGAACCACAAGCUACGAAGGGUGAUUUAAGAGUGGAAUCCAAUGCCAUUAAUCAAGUUAUUAGUCAAAUGGUGGAUGCCACUAGUGUUUCUAUGAAUCAAAGUCGUAAUGCUAAUUUGAAGAAGCAUGGUAUAUGGGUUGUUCAAAGUUUGGAAGAUUGUGGACGUCGUAUGACUGUUCUUUGUGAAUUGAAUCGUGAAGGUAUUCUUGUUAAGAAUGAAAAAAGUGAUGAAGAUUAUGCUGAUAAACAUUUCAAACAGAGAUUAGCUGGGAUUGUAUUUGAUGUAGCUAAAUGUACUAAGGAGUUGGUGAAGACCGUGGAGGAGGCCAGUUUGAAAGAAGAAAUUGAUUAUUUAAAUGCUAGACUAAAAUAA